UUUAGGGUUUAACGGAAUGCAUCCCCUCAUUUCCGGUCAUCAGCAAUCGCUGUUUGGAAGCACGAUAUUCUAUAAUCCAAAACCCCAAAACCUCAAGACGAAAAUUUUGCAGCGUAGUUUAGAUAUAAAAAUACGUUUUUGCUUUAACCUGAAAACCGUCCAGAUACGGGCCCACGGUGCCAUAUAUAUAUACAUAUAUAGGCCACCUGGCUAGCUCCUUUCCUUCCUCCUCUGUUUCUCUUUGAUCCUCGUAUUCAUUCCUCCGUUUCAUUUCCACACAUAAGCGAGAGACAGCUUAAAAGCCCUAGCUCAUUUCCGUGUAAUUGAUUGAAAAUGCCGGUGAAGCGCAGCAGAGCGGUGGGUCCGUCGAGCCACCUCUUCAAGCAAGUUGCGACCAGCGUGGACGCUGGCGUCAAUCCGACUGCAGUUAUUAAGGCUGACGCCUCCGGAGGGUCGUCCCAAUCGAAGAUUUUGAACAUCGCUUAUCCGCUAAGUGUUGGAGAUUCUGAUCGGGUAAAAUUUGGGGUUUUCUUGGAGCGGUGUCACUAUUGCAAGAAGCGGAUCGCUCGGAAAUCUGAGUUUUUCAUGUGCUGGUUUCCUCCUUUCUAUAGAGCUCUUCAUGAAUCUAUCACCGGCUGGGUGGUGAUGUUCUCCAUUUACAUUUCCUAAGCUUCCUUCGAAUUCAAUCUCUUUUUCUUUCUGAGUUUGUUUGUCCUGUUGUAUUGUUAUUACUUAACUUUUAAUCUGUUCUAGAAGUAUUUCUUCAGUGCGCUUAAUUCUAGUUUUUCUUUAAAUUUAACUUUCUUUAGUUAAUCACCGGAUUAUGAUGGAAUUGAGUGUUAAGCUUAUUCUUUAUUGAUUAUUAAGCUUUUCUUAUUAGGUUUAUCUUUUGUCUUCUUACUUUAUUGAUCGCUAUAGAAGUAUGUUUUGCUAUCUUCAAUAUCGUAAAAGAUUCAGGAUUUUCUACGUUUAAUUUUAUUUAUAGGAAUCUAUGAAAAGUUUCUGUUGUUCAUUUCCUGAUUGAAUUACGAUUAAUCAACGCUUCAGUGACUAAUUUCUGAUGAUCAAAGGUAUUCAUGAUUUUAUUGCUUCAAUAGUUGUUUUGUCAAGUAUAUAAUUUAGUCAACUGAAACACCUACUUUAUUGACUUUGUUCUGCAUCAAAAAGAUGACUUGCAAUACAAAUACUCCUGAGGUAGUGAUUACUGUUACUUUUACAUGUUUUUCCCUCCUUUGCGUAAAAUCUACUCAAACUACUCAAUCGCUGAGACCAAAACCUUAAUUUUAAGUUUUAUAUAGAAGUAUCAUUGAUAUUUUAUUUUAUCUCUUGGGAACAUAUAGGAGCAACUAAUAGUACAGGAUAAGUAAUUUAUACUUUUCUGCAACCUAUGAUUAAUAAUACAUCUUUUGUUAAUC